GCGGCCAGUGUUUAAUUUCCAGGCCCCAACGCACCCAAGCGACGUUCAGGCCUGCAACGGGGUACUUUUCUGGGUCAUUUAGUUUAGAUUUAAAGCCGGUAUAGCUUAGGAUAUUUACUAGUGACUUUGGUGACUUUGCAUUUGAACUGAAUGUUUGCUAUUGCAUGUACAGUGACAUGAAGGGACACUGAAGUGGGUUUACAUUUUCAACUUUAAAGGGUAAUUUUGGAAGUUUAAAGGAGAACUUUGAAUUUUAGGUUUUGUGCUAAGACACAUUCAUUGUUGAGUGUACAUUGCUAUAAGAGCAUUGUGAGUUUAAUUUAAGCUUUGUGCCCACUCUUUUGAGUGUGUAUUUUGGUUUAUUUAAAACAAAGACAACAAGGAUAUUUCAUUUAUUAAUACAUGUAAUUUCAUUUAACAAUUAUUUUCAUAGUAAAAGGUAAAGACAUUUUCUUGGAAAUUCAUUCUUUCAUUGUGAUAUUCUUACUGGGUUAAAAAGAUUAAAAGGGUGUAUUUACAGUAUAUUCACAAGGUAACUCAUAACCAACCGAUCAAAACUACUGCUGUUUUAUCACCAAAACUGAUAAGAACUCAGGGCGCCCCAUAUUUGAGUGUUUCACAUGUUUCUAGGUGUCUUGCCAGUAAUUUAGGCAAGGGGGCGCUACACAAAAUGGAGGCACUGCUGGGAUGGUUAUGAGAAUUUUCUGAAGUAUUUUAAUUUGUCCCAGUGCAUUUUUGAACAUUUUAUUGAAAUUUAGAUUUUUUUUAUUUUCAGUCAUGGCUGAUAGUAAGUUGCAGGCAGAGCUUAUUGAGUGGUGUGGCACUGAAACUAUUGAUGUUACUCGCGCCAUACUAGUGGUGGGGGUGGGGAAAGAUCUCGAAGUGGCCAAAAUUGAAGAAGAGCUACACACAGUCCGAUGCUGGGGUCGAGUGAGAGUAAGGGGAACCAAGCCCUACAGGGAUGGCGAUGGCGUACUAGUUCUCUGUGAAUGCAAAGAAGUCAUUGAUCCAAGAGUAGUUCCUCCUGAAGUCCGACCCAAUGAUGGCGCUGUUUGGAAGAUCAUAACUCAUGCCCAGCAACCCACUCCUCAAGCUCCUGCUGAGGACUUUUCAGCCAAGUUGCAACGUUUUCUAAUGUCAGAAGGAAAGACCCUUGCCGAUAUUCAAAGCUUGUCUUCCACUGAUGAGUCAGUCUUGCGCGCCAUGGUCGAUGUGGUCAGCCGUACUACCAAAAGUCAAGCUGAGAGCCAGGGAUAUCGUCGACUGCGGAUCUUCUCAGGAAUCACUCCCACCCCGGCUGGGGAGGAAUCUCUAGAAUAUUGGCUAGAACAGGCAACGUUAAUGGUUCAAGAGAGUGAAUUCACUGAACAAGAGAAGAGGCAACGAAUCCUGGAGUGCUUGAGAGGCCCUGCUCUCGAAAUCGUCAAGUCACUGCGCCUCAGUAAGCAAGGAGCCACAGCACAGGAGUUUCUUGAUGCGCUGGACAGUGCGUUUGGUUCCGCUGAGUCUGCUGAAGACCUGUACUUUUCUUUCCGGCUCAUACAGCAGAAGUCUGGUGAGAAGCUGUCAGACUAUGUUCGCCGAAUUGAACCUUUUCUGGCCAAAGUGGUGAAGAAAGGAGGGGUCUCAGCUAGUGAUAAAGACAAAGUGCGUGUUGAACAGCUGCUUCGUGGUGCAAUUGACUCAGACUUGAUGCUGCUACAGCUAAGCUUGAAAGAGAGACGCAGUAAACCCCCCAACUUUCUUGACUUACUGUCUGAGAUCAGAGCAGAAGAAGAAUGCCAGCAAACACGAAAGAAGGUGAAUGCGCGUAUUCGGAAUGUUGCUGCUUGUAAUGACUCAGUCGACGAUGAUGUGAGCAUAGAAGUGCUAAAGGCUGAUUUUAAAGCUUUGAAAACUCAAGUGUUUGAGAUGAGUAAGAGUUCAGCAAAUGAAGGAGUCAGUGCUCAUGCAUCUAUGCCAAGUCCAAGUCACUCAGGCUAUGACAAGUCAGAAGCUGCUGCUUUACGAAAGAAUGUUAGAAGAUUAGGCAGAAAGUUGAAGUCCAAAGGAGGGAAUGCAACUGAGCCUUCGGCUACUGUAGCCGCUGUCGGGACUAAGAGCCAAAGUCAAGGUUCUAGGCAAACACAAAGUCCUGGAGGUGGUGAGCGCUUCUGUUACAGAUGUGGAGAAGAUGGCCAUAUCGCCACCCAGUGCUCAUCUGCUGAAAAUGAGAAGAGAGUCAUUAAGAGACUCAUAGCGUCGCUUAACAAAGCUAAAGGCAAGCUGUCGAACGAUGGCAAUCCAAACAGUGAGACCACCAACUGUUUCUCUAAAAAACAGGAAGUAUGCACAAACACACAUGCCCCGCUUCCCAAAGGUCUCAUUGGUCCACCUUCUACAGUGCAAGUGAGAGUGAACGGUAACCCCUGUACAGCCAUACUGGAUAGUGGGUCCCAAGUAACCAUAAUCUUCCAGAAAUUCUAUGAGAAGCACUUGUCCGAUAUACCCAUACAACCAGUGUCUGGCUUAGCCAUUUGGGGAUUAAGUGAUACAAGUUAUCCCUACUCAGGAUACAUUGUAGUUGACAUGCAGUUUCCAAAGGAGCUAACUGGAAAGUCAGAGACACUGUCAGUGUUGGCAUUGAUUUGCCCUGGGCCUAACACACCAGAUCAGGUCCCAGUGAUCCUAGGCACAAACGCUAACUUGUUCUACAGACUCGCUGACCUGUGUGGUCACCCAAAGAGUGAGGCUUUAGCCCGUGCCCUGAAAGUCAGCAACACUGGACAGAGGAGAGAACUGGUGCUGCCUAAAGCCAAUGACACGAACACUGAAGAUUCAGUGGGUUUAGUGAAGUUCAUGGGCCCUGACGACUUGAGACUUACCCCUCAAGAGAGUCGCUGUGUACCAUGUCAUCUGGACCUCAGCCAGCCAGCACCUAAAGGCAUAAUCGUGGUGGAGACGAGUGAAACUGUGCCAUUACCCCACGGUGUGAUGUUCCAGCCUGUAGUUGCUCCCGCUUCUGCCAUUGACCCCGACUGCUUCUCUCUGUUGAUUCAGAACGAAACCAAGAAAGAGAUUACUAUACCUCGAGGCACUCCCCUAGGUACAGUUCAGUCAGCUGAUUUGGCCAGUCCUAUAGUGAGAAGUCAGAACACUGAAGAACUGGAUCCAAAUUUGAUAGACUUUGGAGAUUCUCCUAUCCCCAAUGAAUGGAAAGACAGACUUAGGGGAAAACUCUGUCAACGUCGCAAUGUGUUCUCACUCCGUGAAUGGGAAGUUGGCUUAGCCAAAGGCGUUGAGCACAACAUUCGUCUAACUGAUCCCCGUCCGUUUCGUGAAAGAUCCAGACGCCUGGCACCUGCGGACAUAGAGGACGUGCGUAAGCAUCUCCAAGAGCUGUUAGACGCUGGAGUGAUACAGGAGUCUAGGAGUCCAUACGCAUCACCUAUUGUGGUAGCAAGAAAGAAGAAUGGAAACGUGCGUAUGUGCAUUGAUUAUAGGACUCUGAAUAGUAAGACGAUACCUGACCAAUACACCACACCACGCAUCGAUGACGCAUUAGAUUGUUUAGCAGGAAGUCGAUGGUUCUCUGUCUUAGACCUUCGUAGCGGUUACUACCAAAUCGCAAUGGCGGAAGAAGACAAAGACAAGACCGCGUUCAUUUGUCCUCUUGGCUUCUACCAGUUCCAACGGAUGCCCCAGGGGGUGAUGGGAGCUCCUGCAACGUUUCAACGUCUAAUGGAGAAGGCUGUUGGGGACAUGAACUUGCUACAAGUCCUCGUUUAUCUUGAUGAUUUAAUUGUGUUUGGUGCAACGUUGGAAGAACAUGAGGAGAGACUUAUGAAAGUCCUGGACCGUCUCGAGGAAGUAGGCCUAAAAGUGUCUUUGGACAAAUGCCAGUUCUGUCAGCCCAGAGUAAAGUAUGUUGGCCAUAUCGUCUCUGCUGAUGGGAUUGCAACAGAUCCAGCUAAGGUUGAAGCUGUAACCCAGUGGCCACAGCCUACUGACCUAAAGUCACUGAGGUCAUUCCUUGGCUUCUGUGGUUAUUACCGCAGAUUUGUGGCAAACUACUCCUCUAUUGUUAAGCCCUUGACAGACCUAACCAAAGGGUAUCCCCCUGUUAGGAAAGGAAAAAAACCUACUGUCGCGAAAGAUCAACAGUACUACAAGGAGGCUGAACCUUUUGGCUCACGAUGGACUGGUGCAUGCACAAAAGCUUUCCGGGAGAUCAUCAGACGCCUUACCAACGCGCCUGUGUUAGCGUUCGCAGAUCCUAACAAGCGCUAUGUGCUGCACAUCGACGCAAGUCUCAAAGGUUUGGGAGCAGUCUUAAACCAGGUUCAUCCUGAAGGUCUCCGUCCUGUCGCAUUCGCCAGCAGAGGAUUGACUGCUGCGGAGCGAAGGUAUCACAUCCACCAGCUCGAGUUUCUAGCACUUAAGUGGGCCGUGGUAGACAAAUUCCACGAUUACCUAUAUGGUGUGAGAUUCACGGUAAUGACUGACAAUAACCCGCUCACGUAUGUGCUGACAACUGGGAAACUCAACGCAACUGGUCACAGAUGGCUUGCUGCACUAGCCACUUAUGACUUCGAAGUCAAAUAUCGCCCUGGAAAGGUGAACAUUGACGCUGAUUUACUCUCACGCAACUGGUCUGAUGUUGACGCAGAGCCCUGGAAGAAACUGUGUCAGGGUGAUGUGAAAACACUUUGCAGUCAAGUGCGUGCACAAGAUGUGUGUGUGGCUGAAAGACUAGGAGUUCCUGCAGAAGGCAUUCCUGAGCUCUAUUCUUUUGCAACUCACCUGAAUGUUGAGCAACUAGAACGGUUCACCCAUGACGACUUGCAAAGAGCUCAGCUCAAAGACCCUGUCCUCAAAGUAGUAAGAGAGGCCUUGAAAACAGGCCACUGGCCUUCUAACGCUGCUGAUACAGGUGUGUCAUUACUGAAGCGUGAGGGAACAAAACUGAGAAUUAAAGAUGGAUUACUCUACCGAGUGACAACCAAAGCUUCUGGUAAAGAACACCGCCAGUUGCUGCUACCCAAAGAAUUCAGAAUGCGGGUGUGCCGAGCUUUGCAUGAUGAUAUGGGGCACUUGGGAGUAGAGAGAACUCUAGAACUGAUAAGAACAAGGUUCUAUUGGCCGAAGAUGAGUCAGGCUGUUGAGACAUACAUAGGCAACUGUGGGAAGUGUGUCACGUGGAAGAGUCCAUGUCCACGAGCCGCUCCAUUACAGCAGAUUACUUCCACAGGACCCAUGGAGCUUGUAUGUAUCGAUUUUCUCUCUCUAGAACCAGACUCAAGUGGAGUUGCCAACGUUCUCGUGGUGACUGAUCAUUUCAGUCGCUAUGCGCAAGCAUACCCAACCAAGGAUCAACGAGCAGUCACUGUCGCCAAGGUAUUGGUCGAGAAAUUCUUCGUUCACUAUGGUCUUCCAGCUCGAAUUCAUUCGGACCAAGGCCGUGACUUCGAGAGUCGGUUGAUCCAGGAAUUACUGAGGACCUUGGGAAUCCGUAAGUCACGGACGACACCCUAUCAUCCCCAGGGCGACCCACAACCAGAGCGCUUUAACAGAACACUGUUAUCUAUGCUGGGAACCUUGAGAGAUACUCACAAGCGUCAGUGGAGUAGUCAUGUGAGUCAGUUAGUACACGCAUACAACAGUACCAAGAAUGAUGCCACAGGGUAUUCACCCUACUACAUCAUGUUUGGCAGAGAGGCCAGAUUGCCUAUUGAUGUAUGCUUAGGAACCGAUAGUCAAGAACCAGUCAGUCAUUCACGUUAUGUGGAAGAUCUCAAGAGAGACUUAAAGAGUGCUUACGAGUUAGCUACCAAGUCUGCAACUCAAGUUCAUUUGAGGAACAAGAAGAACUAUGAGAGAGUCCUACGCAACCAAGUAUUAGCCAAGGGUGAUCGAGUACUCUUGAAGAACUUGGGGUUGAAGGGGAAACAUAAAUUGCAGAGUAGGUGGAACUCUUUACCCCUUAUGUGAUGGUGGAAAAGCUCCCUGAUUUGCCUGUCUACAGGGUGAAGCCUGAGAGUGGGAUGGGGAAGCUGAGAACUAUUCACAGAAACAACAUUUUGCCAAUUGGAAGUUUGGUGAGAAUUUCUGAGAAGUCAGAUGUUCAAGAACAAACCACAAGGCCUGUGACUAGGAGUCAGAGAAAGUCAGUGACGCAUCAAUCACAUGCUAAGAGGUUUCAAGGCAAUGCAGGUUAUCCGCUGAAUGAGGAAUCUAGUGGCUCUGACUCUGAAUAUCAGCCUAUGUUCAGAUGGAGGUCAGAACCUGAAGAUCUUGAAGAUCCUGUCUCUGAAAGAGAUCAUGAGAGUGAAGUACAGAACACUGCUGAUGAGCAGGACAGUGUGUCUGAUCAUGAUGAAGAGAACGAAUGUGAUAUGAUGUCAGAAGCCAUUGCAGACUCUAGUGAUGGUGAGAUCGAUGCGGCCGAUGACGUAGAAACGCCUGCUGAAUCAACAGGUAGUGCAGAGCCUGAAAGACAUUCUCCCGUGAGAGUGACUGAGGAAGCCCAACCCCCGAGAACUUCCCCUAGAUGUGAGAAGAGGUCUAUUAAGCCUGUUAUCAGACUAACUUAUGAUGAGGCAGGGAAGCCUAAAGAUCAGCCGUUGACUAUAGUGCAUAGGGGUGUAGUCAUAAAGAUUGGUUAAGGGAGUUUUAUUUCAUUUUCCUGUGUCAUUUAGGUUUAUGUUUCAUUCAUGUUCAUGGGAACUAGGUUUCAUAGGGACAUGUAAACCAUUUAAGUGGGGGAGAGUGUAGCCCUGUGCUAUAUUUUGGGUUCAUUUCAAUACAUGGGAUGUUUCAAUUCAUGUGCAGGUUUAAUAAUUAAAAAGGUUAAAAUGUUAAAAAAUGGUUUUAAUGCAAUUUACAAGCUCUAGUAAAAUUCCUAUGACCUAAUGCUUUUGUUUCUACAAUUUUGUAUUUAAUUUCUGUUUGUAAUAUUUGCCGAAUUAUUUUACUAAUUCCUGAUUGGUUGAGGAUACUGACCCCUGAACUGUUGCGAAAUCGGAAGGAGAGCGAGAAAGUGUUCAGUUCGUCGGAGGAUGAUUAAGAAGACAGUCUACCCGAUUGUUUCUCCCUGUUAGCAUAUGCAAAACCAAAACUUUUCCAGGCUAUGGGAAAGAAUCUGCAGCCAAGUGUUCGGCUAGGACACUUAAUGAAGCAGCGGACUUUAGUGAUGUGCUUCGGGACACUUUUCCUUUGUUUUAUUUGAGAAGUUUAAAGUGAGACAGUCGUGAAUAGGCCUACUGCACGCGACAAG